UUUAAAGGAAAAUAAACAAUGCAGCCUUAUUGUUGGAAGCAGGCUUUUCAUUUCAAAAUUCAAUUGAUGAAUUGAUGUUUUAUUUAUGUUUGAUUUUCUCAGCCUGUUUGUUCGAUUGUCACAUGGACCUAUUUGAUAAUAAUGACUUAUUUCCCUUGUAAAUAAUUAAAAAAAUAUUUACAUUUUGUUAUUAAAACUAUAAAUUUACAAAAUUUUUAUCGCAAUGAAUUUCGUUCCUUGUUUGACCUGGGUUGCAAAGGGAAUUGCUAAGUCAGUUCCAGAUAAGCUUCAAUUGUCUCCUGAAGAACUGAAAAGUCUUAUAAGUGAUACUAAAGAACUGCAGAGAAAAGUUGAAGAUGAUGAUGCUUCUGAGUCUGAUGCUACUUGUGAUGAACAUGAAGACAUUGCUGAAGAAACUGAGACUUUAAAUGAUGAAGAGGACGUAGUUGAAAAAGAGGAGGACUUUGACAAAAGAUAUAAUUUAGAUUCAUAUGAUAAUGAUGGAGAAGAUCAGCCAUUUAUGAAUAUUUCUGAUGUUGCGACAUUUAUUGACAACAAAGAAGACACUUAUAUAACAGAUCAUGAUGCUGUUAAAGAAGAUGAAAAUGAUGAUGAAGAGGAUUUCAUUAUAAAAGACAGUGAUAAUUUGCUCCUUGUUGGACACAUUGAAGAGGAAAGCUCUGUUCUAGAAGUUCAUGUGUAUAAUAAAGAGGAAGAUGCGUUCUAUGUUCAUCAUGAUAUUGUUUUGCCAGCUUAUCCAUUGGCCUUAGAAUGGUUAGAUUUCAGUCCAUCAGAUGAAGAAAAAGGUAACUAUGUUGCUGUUGCUGACAUGACACCAGUCAUCAAAAUUUGGGACUUAGAUGUUGUGGAGAUUUUAGAACCAGAUUAUUGUUUAGGCAAAGAGCUGAAGGAAAAUAAGAUGGAGAAAAUAAAACGGAAAUAUCACACUGAUGCAGUUAUCAGCCUCUGUUGGAAUAAACAUACAAGAAAUAUUCUGGCCAGUGGUUCAGCCGACUCCUCUAUUAUUCUAUGGGAUCUUCAGGAAGGUAAACCACUAAAGAAACUUGACUUGCAUGAUAAUAAAGUAAUUUUCUUUCAUUUAUUUAUUUUGUAAUUUACACUUAUGAUUAAAUU